GGUGGCAAAGGGGUCUCAGGAGCCAGAGCAGGGUAGGAUGCUAUAGAAGAACACCCCACAUUUUCAACUCUGCUCCCCAGGACUGGUUAAACUCGGGGUCCACUGCAUCACGGGCCAGAAGGUGGCCAUCAAGAUCGUGAACCGGGAGAAGCUGUCGGAAUCGGUGCUGAUGAAGGUGGAGCGGGAGAUCGCCAUCCUGAAGCUCAUCGAACACCCACACGUCCUCAAGCUCCACGACGUCUACGAGAACAAGAAAUAUUUGUACCUGGUUCUGGAGCAUGUCUCUGGAGGUGAGCUGUUUGACUACCUGGUAAAGAAGGGGAGACUAACUCCCAAGGAGGCCCGGAAGUUCUUCCGCCAGAUCGUGUCAGCUCUGGACUUCUGCCACAGCUACUCCAUCUGCCACAGAGACCUGAAGCCCGAGAACCUGCUUUUGGACGAGAAGAACAACAUCCGCAUCGCAGACUUCGGCAUGGCGUCCCUGCAGGUGGGGGACAGCCUCCUGGAGACCAGCUGCGGGUCCCCCCACUAUGCGUGUCCAGAGGUGAUUAAGGGGGAGAAGUAUGACGGGCGCCGGGCUGACAUGUGGAGCUGUGGUGUCAUCCUCUUCGCGCUGCUGGUGGGCGCUCUGCCCUUCGAUGAUGACAACCUCCGCCAGCUGCUGGAGAAGGUGAAACGGGGAGUCUUCCAUAUGCCCCACUUCAUCCCUCCAGACUGCCAGAGCCUCCUGAGGGGCAUGAUCGAAGUGGAGCCCGAGAAAAGGCUCAGCCUGGAGCAAAUUCAGAAACAUCCUUGGUACCUGGGCGGGAAACAUGAACCGGACCCGUGCUUGGAGCCAGCCCCAGGCCGUCGGGUGGCCAUGCGGAGCCUGCCGUCGAAUGGAGAGCUGGACCCCGAUGUUCUGGAGAGCAUGGCUUCGCUGGGCUGCUUCAGGGACCGGGAGCGGCUGCACCGAGAGCUGCGCAGCGAGGAGGAGAACCAAGAAAAGAUGAUAUAUUAUCUGCUUUUGGAUCGGAAGGAGCGGUACCCCAGCUGUGAGGACCAGGACCUGCCUCCCCGGAAUGAUGUUGACCCCCCUCGGAAGCGUGUGGACUCGCCCAUGCUGAGCCGACACGGCAAAAGGCGGCCAGAGCGGAAGUCCAUGGAAGUCCUGAGCAUCACUGAUGCUGGUGGUGGCGGCUCCCCCGUACCCACCCGGCGGGCCCUGGAGAUGGCCCAGCACAGUCAGAGAUCCCGUAGUGUCAGUGGAGCCUCCACCGGCCUGUCCUCCAGUCCUCUGAGCAGUCCUCGGAGUCCGGUCUUUUCCUUCUCACCAGAGCCCGGGGCUGGAGAUGAGGCUCGGGGAGGGGGCUCCCCGACUUCCAAAACGCAGACGCUGCCUUCUCGAGGCCCCAGGGGUGGGGGCGCCGGGGAGCAGCCCCCACCCCCCAGUGCCCGCUCCACGCCCCUGCCUGGCCCUCCAGGCUCCCCGCGCUCCUCUGGGGGUACCCCCUUGCACUCGCCCCUGCACACUCCCCGAGCCAGCCCCACCGGGACCCCGGGGACAACGCCGCCCCCCAGCCCCGGCGGUGGCGUCGGGGGAGCCGCCUGGAGGAGUCGUCUCAACUCCAUCCGCAACAGCUUCCUGGGCUCCCCGCGUUUCCACCGGCGCAAGAUGCAGGUCCCCACCGCCGAGGAGAUGUCCAGUCUGACGCCGGAGUCCUCUCCGGAGCUGGCAAAGCGCUCCUGGUUCGGGAACUUUAUCUCCCUGGACAAAGAAGAACAAAUAUUCCUCGUGCUAAAGGACAAACCUCUCAGCAGCAUCAAAGCGGACAUCGUCCAUGCCUUCCUGUCGAUCCCCAGCCUGAGUCACAGUGUGCUGUCACAGACCAGCUUCAGGGCCGAGUACAAGGCCAGCGGCGGCCCCUCCGUCUUCCAGAAGCCCGUCCGCUUCCAGGUGGACAUCAGCUCCUCCGAGGGGCCGGAGCCCUCCCCGCGACGGGAUGGCGGCGGCGGCGGCGGCGGCAUCUACUCUGUCACCUUUACGCUCAUCUCCGGUCCCAGCCGUCGGUUCAAACGUGUGGUGGAGACCAUCCAGGCACAGCUGCUGAGCACUCACGACCAGCCCUCCGUGCAGGCCCUGGCAGAUGAGAAGAACGGGGCGCAGACCCGGCCUGCCAGCACCCCACCCCGAAACCUGCAGCCCCCGCCCGGCCGUCCAGACCCAGAGCUGACUGGCUCUCCCCGCCGAGGCCCCCCUAAGGACAAGAAGCUCCUGGCCACCAACGGGACCCCUCUGCCCUGACCCCACGGGGCCGGGGAAGGAGGGGAGCCCCCUCCACCCCCCUUCCCUGCCCCCCAACUGUGAAUCUGUAAAUAGGGCCCAAGGAGUACAUAGGGAGGGGGAGACACUACAAACCCGGCCUUGCCCUGCAGGGAUGGGGCUGAGGGGCCGUGCCCAACGGGGAGGGGUGGUUCUGGGGAGG